AAGAAAAGUCGAAAGUACGGUGUGCAAAUAGCAAUACGUGUAUACCUAUACCUGCAUCUAUACGUAGAGAGAGAGAGAGAUGGAGUGAGUGUCGUCUAGAGAGAGAAGACACGACAUGGCGGAACUCACAGGAUCCGAUAGAGAGAGAGGCUCGUCUAUGGAUUCAAUCGAUUCACGCUGGGUCUUCCAGGACGACGACGACGACGACAAUUCCGACAACGAUAACGAUGACGAUUACGAAGAUUUGCAUCCUCACGAUGUGAUUGAUUCCGAUGAGGAUGAUAAUGGCGAGAUGAGACUGAUUCGCACUGGUCCUCGUGUUGAUUCUUUCGAUGUCGAAGCACUUGAUGUUCCCGGCGCUCAUCGAAACGAAUAUUAUGAGGAUGUCACUCUGGGAAGGAGCAUUCUUCUGGCCUUCCAGACGCUUGGGGUUGUCUUUGGCGAUGUUGGAACAAGCCCAUUAUAUACAUUCAGUGUGAUGUUCAGCAAGGCUCCAGUAAAUGGAAAUGAGGAUGUUCUUGGGGCGCUAUCACUAGUUCUGUAUACACUGCUCUUGGUUCCACUAGUAAAAUAUGUCUUAAUUGUUCUUCUGGCUAACGAUGAUGGUGAAGGUGGUACAUUUGCUUUAUACUCAUUGAUAUGUAGACAUGCUAAUGCUAGUCUUCUACCAAAUCAACUACCAUCCGAUGCUCGUAUUUCAAGCUUUAGACUGAAGGUGCCAUCUCCAGAGCUUGAGAGGUCAUUAAAGAUCAAGGAACGACUUGAAUCUUCUUUGACACUGAAAAAACUUCUUUUGAUGUUAGUUCUUGCUGGAACUUCCAUGGUCAUUGCUGAUGGUGUUGUCACGCCAACGAUGUCAGUGAUGUCUGCUGUUGGUGGGUUGAGGAUCGGAGUUCCUGGGAUUGAACAAGAUCACGUAGUGAUGAUAUCAGUUGCUUUUCUCAUAGUUUUGUUCAGUUUACAGAGGUACGGGACAAGUAAAGUGGGGCUAGUAAUUGGUCCCGCUUUGUUCAUAUGGUUUUGCUUACUUGGGGGCAUUGGCAUCUACAACCUUGUAAUAUAUGACUCUAGUGUCCUAAAGGCAUUUAACCCUGUACACAUCUAUUAUUAUUUUAAGAGGAAUUCAACUAAGGCUUGGUAUUCCCUUGGAGGCUGCCUUCUUUGUGCAACAGGCUCCGAGGCUAUGUUUGCUGAUCUUUGCUAUUUUUCUGUUAGAUCUGUGCAGCUUACCUUUGUGUUACUUGUUCUGCCUUGCCUUUUGCUGGGGUACCUGGGCCAAGCUGCAUACCUUAUGAAUAACCACGCUGACACUACUCAAGCUUUCUUCGCUUCUACUCCAAGUGGUGCUUUCUGGCCUGUAUUUCUUAUUGCUAAUGUUGCCGCACUAAUUGCUAGUCGGGCAAUGACAACUGCAACUUUCUCUUGCAUUAGACAGUCCACAGCACUCGGUUGUUUUCCUCGGCUUAAAAUCAUUCAUACUUCUCGGAAGUUCAUGGGUCAAAUCUAUAUCCCAGUCCUCAACUGGUUUUUACUUGCAUUCACCAUAGCUUUGGUGUGCUCUAUCUCAAACAUAUAUGAGAUUGGAAAUGCAUAUGUCAUUGCUGAGCUCGGAGUGAUGAUGAUGACCACAAUCUUAGUUACCCUCGUAAUGCUCCUUAUAUGGCAGAUAAACAUUGUUAUUGUGCUGAUUUUUGUUACUUUUUUCCUGGGGUUGGAACUAACAUUCUUCUCAUCAGUUCUAUCAAGUAUUGGUGACGGAAGUUGGAUUAUUUUAGUGUUCGCUAUUGUUAUGUUCCUAAUAAUGUUUAUCUGGAACUAUGGAAGUAAACUUAAGUAUGAAACUGAAGUCAGGAAAAAGAUGUCCAUGGAAUUAAUGCGGCAGCUUGGCUGCAAUCUUGGAACUGUUAGAGCCCCUGGCAUUGGUUUGCUCUACAAUGAGUUGGUGAAGGGUGUACCAGCAAUAUUCGGGCAUUUUUUGACAAGUCUUCCCGCUGUUCAUUCUAUGAUUAUUUUUGUCUGUGUUAAGUAUGUUCCUGUUCCUGUGGUGCCACAGGGCGAAAGGUUCCUGUUCCGUCGUGUUUGUUCCAAAAGCUAUCACAUAUUUCGUUGCAUUGCCAGAUAUGGCUACAAGGAUGUUCGCAAAGAGAAUCAUCAGACUUUUGAGCAGUUGUUGAUUGAGAGCCUUGAAAAGUUCAUCCGUAGAGAAGCCCAGGAACGGUCGUUGGAGAGUGAUGGUGACGAUGAUUCAGAUUCUGAAGAUGAAGCUUCUAAGUCACGAGUUCUUGUUGCUCCCAACGGCAGUGUCUAUUCACUUGGCAUCCCUCUCUUGGCUGACUACAAUGACCCCAUGCAGUCACUUACAGAAGCAAGCACUUCAGAUGAGGUCAACCGGGAAGACCCAAGUGCGUCCGAUCCAGAGCAGAGUCUAGAAAAGGAACUGUCAUUUAUACGCAAAGCCAAAGAAUCUGGGGUGGUUUAUCUUCUUGGUCACGGGGAUAUCAGAGCGAAAAAAGAUUCAUGGUUCAUCAAAAAGCUAAUCAUUAAUUACUUUUAUGCUUUCUUGAGAAAGAAUUGCAGAAGGGGGAUUGCCAAUUUGAGUGUGCCUCAUCAGCAGCUGAUUCAAGUUGGCAUGACUUACAUGGUUUGAAUAGUAUUGCAUCAUAGGCGAAUCAAUCAACUUGAUCAAAGUCUGGUUACGGAAGUGCUAUAGAUGAUACUGAUAACAAUCCAUUGAGUUGAUGCAGAGAAACAUUGACAAUUUUGUUGUACUGUCCUUGUACUUUGUGCUAGUUUUAAAUAUUUCUGAUUAAAAGGUUUUUGUAGGUUCUUUUGUAUGUUCCUAUAGGCUCGGUAAAUUUACAGAAUGAAUAUUGUAAUUACUCUUUUUCUUUAUUAUAGUAAUUGUAUCUAGA